CCAUUAUGCUGUAACCGUUUUUAUUGUACAAUAGCACCUCAUAUAUACGCAUUAUCGAAGAAUUUAAGUAAUGUUAUUUGUAGACAAUAAGACAAUUGCAUCUUAUAGAUAUAACGUUGCAAUUUUCUCACGUUUAUUUUCGACAAGUUUCUUUUCUAAACUUUCAAAGCUUUUCAAAGGAAGUAUCAUUCAAUUUUGUCUGGAUUGUUGCUUACGAAAAUUGUUCGAUUAACCAUUUUAUGAUCGAUACCUCACUGAUAGCGUAUAAUUAAAAAUGUCUCACACAAUACUACUAGUACAACCUGGCGUUAGACCUAACACAAGAACAUAUUCCGAUUAUGAAAGCAUCAAUGAAUGUAUGGAAGGUGUUUGUAAAAUCUACGAAGAGCAUCUGAAGAGACGAAAUCCAAACACUCCAACCAUUACUUAUGACAUUAGUCAACUAUUUGACUUUGUCGAUCAAUUAACAGAUUUGUCUUGUCUUGUAUAUCAAAAAUCAACAAACACCUAUGCUCCCUACAAUAAGGAUUGGAUUAAAGAGAAGAUAUAUGUUUUAUUGCGUAGAGCUGCGGGACAUGGGGAGUAAACGAUACAUAAAGUACAUAUAUACAUGUGUAUUUCCAUAAGAUAAUUUUAAACACAUUUAUAUUAUUUGUUGUAAUAAAUCUAUAAUUUACGAUAUCUUA